AUGCCGGUGUGGCUGCGGGAGUACAGCUGGCGGCAGACCGGCUCCGCCGUGUACCUCUCGCUGCCGUUGCGCGGCGUUCGGGUCACCCCCGCCAACAUCUUCUGCACUGACCAGUACUUGAAGGUAAGCAUCCCUCCCUUUUUAUUUGAAGCCAUUUUAUAUGCACCUAUUGAUGACACAAAUAGCACAGCAAAGAUUGGAAAUGGAAUAAUUUUCUUCACUUUGUAUAAAAAAGAAGUGGCCAUGUGGGAUUCCCUAACUCUAGCAAAUGCUAACAAGGAGAAACUGCAAUAUCUAAGAGAGAAUGCUGUUUUAAAAGCCCAUGAAAAGGCAAAAGAGGGGACAGAGGCAAAAAAAAUUAUGAAACAGGAACACAAAAAAUACGCUUUGGAGGCGACAAUGAAGCUAGAAGAAGCAGAAAGAAAAAGAAUUGAAGAUCUGAAAGAAAAGGAGCGGCAGAAGGUCACUGAGGAGUUAGAGUUAUGGAAAAAACAGCAAAAAGAUGCUGAGAACCAGAAGAGGGUACAAAAAGAAGGGGAACUACAUCAAGAAGUAAAGCAAUUAAAGAAGAAAAAGGAAAAAAUGAACAAAACUAGGAUUCCUAAUGAAGGAACUUCUAAGACCAGACUCAAACCUACUAAAGGUCAUGGUUCCUAUAGUAUGUUUUCAGAAAAUUUAAAGGAAGAGCAGUUACCAGCUCCUCGAUCUGCUGCUACAAUUAAAAUCAACUUUACAUCACGAGUUUUUCCUACUGCUCUGCGAGAAUCUCGCAUCGCAGAAGAGCAGGAGUGGCUAUGUAAACAAGCAGAAGCUCGAAGAACAAUAAGAGCUGAUUUGUCUGAGCUGGAAGAUUUAAAAGAAGAGGAGAAGAAUCCAGACUGGUUAAAGGACAAAGGAAACAAAAUGUUUGCAACGGGAAACUAUCUUGCAGCGGUAAAUGCAUAUAGCCUCGCAGUGCGGCUAAACAAUAAGCUUCCCCUACUGUAUCUGAAUCGUGCUGCUUGCCACCUUAAACUGAGAAAUUUACAUAAAGCUAUUGAAGAUUCCUCUAAGGCACUAGAACUGCUGACACCACCUGUUCCUGAUAAUGAGAAUGCUCGAAUAAAAGCAUAUGUGAGACGUGGAACAGCGUUUUGUCAGCUGGAAUUAUAUACCGAAGGUCUCCAGGAUUAUGAAGCAGCUCUCAGGAUUGAUCCUAAAAAUAAAACUAUAGAAAAAGAUGCUGAGAAGAUUCGACACCUAAUUCAAGGAACAACGCAAGAUUCUUAACAAAAA